UGAAGCGGUAGGUUGUAGGAGCAUAGGAAUCACCGCUGGACUGUAGUUAGACAGAUUAGGAUGAGGGGGAUGGCCGGUCCCAUUGUGCGAUAGGCGCGAUGACGACGUUGCUGGAUUGAAGGCCGGAAUCAUCAUCAGCAGCUAGUCUGGUCCAGCGGUUAUAAGUGGUCCAUUGUUCUCUCCUGUUCAUCCGUUGUGCUUCGACAACCCCGCUUCUGAGCGUUUCAUCGUUUCCACUUACUUAAGUGAGCGUUGUUCUACAAUUGCUUCAUUAGCGGACUCACGCGAAGGGACGAGCAUCGACGCCUAAAAAGGGUUCUAAAACCGACGCCGUCGGCUACGAGCAGCAGAUGCAGGGAUGAGUUGUCGCCUGCGGAUAGCGUGCGCUAUCCUCGUUAUAAUCUUAUCGUUACAGUGGCUGGAUCAGGGGUUCGCAACUAGAGGAGAAUUGGCAGGAGAGGUCGGGUUCAGUAGGGGAGCUACUGCUGGAUUGAGAAAGAGGAGUGGACUUUUAGGGCAAACGGCGGGUGGUGAGUCGGCAGAAGGCGAGACGUCGUCUUUGGUAGGAUACGUCGGUUUCAGUAGGAGAUCGAACUCUGGAUUGAGAAAGAGGAGUAGACUUUUAGAGCCAACGCCAGAUGGCGAGUCGGAGGUGGGAGAGGCCGGCGUCAGUAGGGGGUCUACUGCUGGAUUGAGAAAGAGGAGUGGACUUUUAGGGCAAACGGGGGGUGGUGAGUCGGGAUAUGGCGAGUCCGAGGUGGAAGUGCUAUCAGGUACGGGAUUAGCAGGAUUACCUGCAUUGCCGUUGAAGUUGAUAGGAGGGUCGCACGAGAGCGUGAGAGGCAGUAAUUUGGCUCAGGGUAGGCUUGAGUCGCCUAAAACGUCGUCUCAGGUUUUCGAGGUUGUUCAAAGGAGCGGGGAUUUGGCUCAGGAAACGAAGGGCGAGGAUUUUUGGGGGCAAAACGAAGCCGACUCAGACCAGGAUGCAGUCGAAGUAGAGGAGGAUACAGCAUUGAUAGUUCAAGAAACAGGAGGAAUGGGAGUUGGGCUGAGAAAUUGGAAGAGGAGGCGGUUAUUGCAAGAAUCGGUAGUAGAUGAGUCUGGAAUCGGCCGGGUUGAGACUAUUGAGAGAGAGAUUCACGACACCCUGGCGGAACAGAGGAUAGCUACUAACGGGGCUGUCAGCAGCAGCAGUGACGUCAGCACGGCGGCUGCUGACGUCAGCAGCGGGGACGACAGGGGCGACCUGCUGAAGCGGGUGUCAGAGGUGCGACACGAGCUGACGCAGAUCAUGACGUCAUCGUCAGAGGGUGACGGUGGGCUGACGCAGCCGGAGAAUCUGACACAGGCGCCGACCCCGUCAACGGGAGGAGAGGAGGGUCCAGGAGGGAGGAGCCAGGAAGGGGUGGAGGGAGAAACUCAGAAGGAGCAUGAGGAGGGCAAUGGGGUUAGAGACACUGAAGUGGGGUCGGGAGUUGGAGGCAGUGAAGGGGGCGAUGGAGUUCAGGUCACUGAAGAUGGAAAGGAGGAGAAGGAGCAUGGGGAGGAGCAGAAUCAAGAAGCUGGGAGAGAUGUUUCUGGGGAUGCAGGGGCUGCCAGCCGACCAAUCAGACUCGACUGGGUGAAGCCAGUGACUAAGGAGGAGAAGUCGGAGGACGACAAGCAGAAGGUGGCGGCAGGCGUGUGUGAGAAGAGCCAGAGCUACGACAAGCUGUACAACGUGGGGCCCAUUGCGUGGCAGCCGCAGGACAACAGAUACAUACUGAUGGACUGCCACCGGAAUCAGAUGAGCAACCGCGUGCGGUGCAUCAAGAACUACCUGAUCGCUGCGGGGUAUUUAAACCGCACGCUGGUGGUUCCUCUCCAUGCAGGCGAGAUCCACCUCAACUACGAGCGCCGCGCAUACUUUGACGUCAACCACACGCGCCGCUGCUAUGGGCCCCGCACGGUGAUCUCCAGAGACGAUAUGCUAGGGGAAGAGAGGGCGAGGAGGGUGGUUGAUGGGUCAGAGGGGGAGUGGAAUGGUACGGUGAAUCUGGACCAGAUUGUGUGCUUCGUUGGCCACUGCUACAACCAAGAGGACAUGGGCGUCCCGGACCGCAUGCCGAACCUGGCUGGGAUCGGCAUCUCGCCGAACCUGAAGUGGACGAACGGAGGGUUCCACCCGAGCCAUCCAAUCAACAUCACUGAUUUCCAUCAAAUAGACUCCAUGCUACUGCCUACGGCUCGCUUGAUCACAUUUAGUGAUCUCGGAGCGACAAUUCUGGAUGCUUCUAAGACAGAGGAUGGGUCUUACAUGAAUAAUUUAGACCUCCCGUUUGUUCGGCUUCCGGGCUGCCCGAACCCGCUGGCCGUCCAACCGCAUCCAGCGAUUUUAGAAGCGGCGGAUGCGUUUGUGAGGGAGAAAGUUUUGCAGGGGCUGCCCCGGGAAUGGGAAGUGAAAAAUAGCAGCAGCAGUGACAGUAGCAGUGGUGCGAGCAGCAGCACAGCAAGCAGCAGCACAGACAGCAGCAGCAGCACGGAAACUGGCACAGCAGAAAGUAGCGGCAGGGGGGGGGACGGCAUCAGUGCAUUGGUUGGGCGGUACAUGGCAAUACACUGGAGACGGACGGACCUGAUUAACAGUUUCAAGGACCCUGGAUCGCAUCUGACGGUGGAGCAGACAGGUCGAUGCGUGGCGCGGAAAAUGAUCCGGUCGGGUAACCUGACGACGCUGUUCCUAGCUACCGACACAAAUGAGGAUGAGGUGAAGCAGCUGGACCAAGUUCUGCGUACCUACAUCCCGAACCUGCGACUGGUCCGGCAACCAGAGUUCCUCAAGGGCGAGGGAUGGGCGGCAGUGCUUGAGCAAGCGCAUUUCUCCCACAUGGCUACAGUGCAAGCGAUGCUCGAUAAGGUCAUAUGCGCUAUGGCUGAUGUGUUUUCAGGGACCGAUGCCUCGUCUUUUACGUCGGAUAUCGGCAGGAUUAGAGCGGGGUUGCGGUUUGUAGUAUGUGAUGACGCACCCAUUUGCCAUGGUCAGGCACUUGUAGGACAGAGGUAAAUUGUGGUGAGUGAUCCUCCCUAGUUGCGGUGACUUAUUUUCUCAAGGUUUUGUUGUAAGUAAUACAGUCUACAGAUCAUC